GGAACUCUGCCGAGGUACAAAACCACACGGACGUCUUGUGGCGAUGGACUGCAGAAAAGCUGUCGCACUAGGUGUACCUCUUUGUAGUUAAACCUCUCCAUAGUCUAGUCCUGUCAUUCAUCAUUUUCAUUAUACGCUGACUAGAUAACAAAAUAAGACGACUGGGUUAUUCAGGACUGCGACCGGCCAUCCUCAUUAUGAUUAGAGUCUGAGAUUUCAAAUUAUACGUGAUUGUCUUUGUUGCCUGUGACGGCUGUAGAGAGGCACAGAGCGGCGGACAGCCUCAGUAGCAGUACGCGUUGAUCCAAUCAGUGGAAUUGUAACAGACUACAGGUGCAGAAAAUGACGUAUUGGAUAUUUAAAUCUAGAUGCAUCACAUGACCAGGGAAGCUAAAAGUGAUUGAAGGCUGUACCUCAGAACGCCAUGGACUCUACAGUUCUGUUUUGGAUCGUUUAGUUAAAACCAGAGUGUUGAUUUUCUUAUUUGCGAUUUCCUCACGCCAUUGGGCGCAGUAUUGACCACACCGUAUUGCCCAAGCUUUAUGGGGAGAUAUGUCUCAUAGGACAUGCCGAACGACAAUCAUUAAUAGUGAGAUUAUUUCACCUUUGAUGCAAAUCGUGUUAGGAAAUUUCCUCUACUGGGAAUUCUUAUGAAUAUCAUGGAUUGGUCAACUAGAACGAGCGAUGGUGGCUCCCCCGCCGCACGGAGCGACGUGUAUGAUAGCUCUACGCUGCCGUAUCUAUCCCUGUAUAGUAGCAGCAGCAUUAAGUUUCAGGACAGUCAGAGUAUAAGUUUGGCUUCGUAUGUAAACAUGGGUAAUUUCAGCGCGAAAAAAACUUUCCUAGCGUCCUACGAUACCGUGGACGAUAACAUCACAAACUCAUCCUUUGAUGCUGAUGCAUUUCAACUAAAAAAGAACAACUCUGUGAUGAGUGCUGGCAUUAUGUUCGGUACGGGUGUUAUAGGUAAUCUAUUGGCCAUUUUUGUGUUACUACGGUCAGGACCGGAACAAAGGAGAACCAUAUUCUACAGACUCGUCGCUGGACUCACAAUCACAGACCUCAUAGGAACCACGCUAGUCUCUCCAGUCGUCAUAACGGUUUAUUUAAACGAUUUCAAAUGGAAGGGAGGACAGAUGAUGUGUAGUUAUUUUGGAUAUUCUAUGGCAUUCGCUGCUUACGCUACCAUGACGAUUGUGUGCGCAAUGUCCAUAGAAAGGGUCAUCUGUAUCAAGCAUCCAUUUUUGUAUCAAAGUCGUUUGUCAAAGAAACACGCCACAAUUUUUUUGUCGUGUUGUUGGAUAUUCGCAGCGACCAUAGCAGCCCUUCCCCUGGUCGGGUUCGGCGAGUUUGUCCUGCACUACCCGUAUACGUGGUGUUUCUUUGACUAUUAUACCCCAAUGCCCAUCCAUAAGGGGUUCAACUGUCUGUUCGCGGGCCUGGCACUCCUCAUCAUAUCUACGACUUUUAUGUGUAAUAUGACCGUCAUGUAUACAUUACUUAGCAGCUGGAGAAAGAAAAAGAUAUUAAAUGGAAAUUCUAGGAAGUACAAUGGAUACAAUAAAAGGUUUGCCGAGUUGCAGAUGCUGGUUCUUCUGGUAGGAAUUACGGCAGUGUUCAGCACCUGUUAUACACCGCUAAUGGUGCGCAUACUAAUAAACCAGACGGGUGUGGAACCGGACUUAAAAACAGAUUUACUUAUGAUCCGGUUUGCGUCCUUGAACCAGAUCCUCGAUCCCUGGGUCUACAUCCUCUUGCGGAGAGAAGUCGUUUGGAAGGUCAUUCAGGGAAUGAAGUUUUUGUUCGGAAUUAAGGAGAAGGAGCCGGACUAUGAACUGACCAUACAGAAGGCCAAUCUAAUGAACGAUGGUGAGAGCCAGUCCUGUUGUAGAUUUUGUCUGCACUGCAUGUGUGAUCCGCCAAUGAAAAGACCCCGGUCCGAGUCUCUCUUUUCUACAAGUGAAUAUGAGUUACGAAGAUCUACUAUUGUUCGAACUUCUCCUAUGCAGAGUAAAAUGGAGGGCCUAAGACAUGACUCUCGGAUAGCUCGCUUCGGCUCCGAAAAGGAGCUCAAUCAGUUACUCACAGCCCUCAAAAACCAAAAUCAAAACCAAAGUAAACGAUAGCAAUCUAGUCAAAUAGUCUAAUGCUUGUAUAGUAAACCGACCAAUUUUUGUUACUUGUUACAUCUGUCUCAUGUUCCUUUUGUGUGUGACCAAUAAAUCUAUUUUGCUGUCGUCAA